AUGCUGGUUCCUGUGAAGGAGAGCUUCAUUUUCAUAAUCUUCACUUUCCCCAUUUUGAAGUGGACGGGGAAGUCUGGGUAUCAUCUUGCGUGCUAUGCCACUUCUGACCGUAGUUUACCUAAUCUUCUUAAGAUUCAACAAUCAGUUUAUUCAGUCGAUGACAUCAGUUUAGAAUACACUAUGGAACAUAAGGCUGAUUUUUUGGAAGACGCUAGUUCCUGUGAAGGAGAGCUUCAUUUUCAUAAUCUUCACUUUCCCCUUUUUGAAGUGGUCGGGAAAAGUCUGGGUAUCAUCAGAAAUAUAAAUAUGGAGGAUGAGCUUCUAGAUUUUGAAAAUAUUGAACCUCAGCAGCGGACAGAACUAGUAUUGGGUGAUGGCAAGGAGCUUUUGAGUUCAAUUGAAUUUGACUUAAUGAAAUAUCUCUCAGGUCAUCGUUUAGCAGUUCAGUGCCUUGAAGUUGAGUUGCACUGCUCAAAUUUUGCAUUGCAAAUGGACUACAUAUGUGUUGUAGAACAAUCUCAUUGUGAGGAGUACUCAACAGUCAACAUUCCAUCAAGGCAAAGCAGAUGGUGA